AUGACCUGCAAGAACGUGUCUGUCGGGCGCCUGAUUGCCUCGACGUUCCGACUCGAAAGCCCCCAGGCAGCGAGGAGCGCCAGCUUGCGCAGACCUCCACCAUGGCGCCUCUCCAGAAGCCUGCACGGAACAGCCGCGCGCCGUACAGACGGCGUGUUCCGCGGCCUGACAGACAACCGCCUGCCCAUGCCGUGGAUCGAGGCAUUCAAGCUGCAGCAGGAAGGCAAGAACACGGCCGCCGAGGAAGCGAACCCGCAGGAGCGUGAUCUCAGCCCCAAGAAGAUGAGCGACAGUUUCCACAGAGUCGUCAUCCCUCUCGCCCAGGAUCCCUGGCUAAGCGAUACGUAUAUCAACUCGUCUGGCCACAUCAGACUAGGGACUAUCUUCAUGGACUUGGAUGCCUUGUCGGGCAUCAUAGUGUACAAACAUACCGGCACCGGCGUCACGACAGUCACGGCGGCACUGGAUCGAAUCACCAUCGCCCACCCCCUGAGAGAAAUAUGCGACCUUGAAUACAGUGGGCAGGUGACGUACGCGUCGGGGAGAAGCAGCGUAGAGAUCACCUGCAAGGUGGCACGAGCGCGGGCAGAGGGCGAGCCGAGCAAGCCCGAAGACGAGCUGCUCACCUGCACCUUCACCAUGGUGGCCCUGGACCCAGAAACCAAGAAGCCCACCAACAUACCGCGCCUCGAGUGCUCCACGCCCGAGGAGGAGCAGAUCUACAAGGCGGGCGAGGCCAAGGCGCUGGCCAAAAAGGAGAAGUUCAAGACGUCGCUGCUGGAGACGGAGCCCAACGAUCCCGAGUCGGCGCUCAUCCACAAGAUAUGGUUACGGCAGCUGGCCUAUCACGACCCGAACAAUGACGUGCGACAGCCCGGCAACGUGGUGCCCAUGGCCAAGACGCAGCUGGCGACGGCGUCGAUCAUGCAGCCGCAGUACCGCAACCGACACCAGACCAUGAUCUUCGGGGGUUUCCAUCUGAAGCAGACCUUCGAGCUGGCGUUCUGCUGCGCCGCCAGUUUUGCGCACGCGCGGCCAACCUUUAUCAGCGCCGACCCCUGCACGUUCCGCAACCCGGUGCCCGUCGGCAGCGUGCUCUACCUGACCGCCACCGUCGUCUACACGGACCCGCCUAUCCUGGAGGAGGACGGCAGCGAGCCGCAGCAGAGGGAUCCCAAGAACCCGAUGACGCGCCUCCACGUCCGCGUCGACAGCAAGGUCCGCGACGUCGAACAUGGCAACGCGCGGCCGACGGGCCAGUUCAACUACACCUUUGUCGUGCCCAAGGACGUCAAGGUCCUACCGCAUACAUAUCAGGAAUAUAUGAUGUACAUCGAUGCCAGAAGGAGAAUUGAGCUCGGAGAUGAUCAGGACCGUCAACAUUAUACCGAUACCGAAACGGACCGGGAGCGUCUCGAGGCUGUCGAAAAGAACAAUCUGACCGAGUGA